GUUUCCGGUUUGAAAAAGUAGCUGAUUGCCUGCCAUUCAUACUUAUAACCCUUUUAGAAUAAUACAUUUACUGUUUAUAAACACAAGAGAUUCUGCAGAUGCUGGAAAUCUUGAACAACACAUAUAAAAUGCUGGAAGAACUCAACAAUUCAGACCACAUCUAUGGAGGGGAAUAAUGAUCCUUUAUCAUAAGGGGAAAGAAGCUGGAAUAAGAAGCUGGGGAAGGGGAGGGGAAGAAGUACAAACUGGCAGGUGAUGAGGGGGAUGAAGUGAGAAGCUGGGAGAGAAUAGGUGGAAGAAGUAAAGGGGGAACGUGGAAGGAAUCUAAUAGAAUUUGAGAUCCACUGAAGAAUCAGAAUAAAAUGCUGAAUUUGAAUUACUCAGCAAUUUGUGGUGAAUUGCAUCUCUUCCUCACCUCAGCAGCCCGCUAAUUUGCAUGCUGUUAGUGGUCUGGAUCAUAUUUGCUCGAGCCCUUGCCGGAAUACUCCAUUCCUGCACGUCUUGCAAAUUCACUUAUUUUUAGCAGCCAUGUGGUUCCUUUGAAAAUCUUGAGGGCUUUCCUUCAGUGGAAUAAUGGAAUGACCUGUGGGCAGCAACUGGGCCUCAGAUGGUGGAUCCUGAAACUCUACCCCUGAAAUGUCAUGAUGGCCUGUUGAGACCUAGUGCUGUCAAAGGCCCUUGUUAGUUACUUCUAAAUGGUAUCAAUAUAUUGAAACAAUAAAUUAAAUUAAAAGUGUAUUUUUUGACAAAAUACCACCUGCCCACCCACUUAAACCAAUGCCAAGAUGAAUGAGAUCACUUUAACAACUUCAGACAAGGCAGGUUAACAAUGGCAUUAAGAACCUCACCAUCCACAGCAUGCUAUCUUCUCAUUAAUACCAUCAGGAGAGAGGUAUGGGAGCCUGAAGACACACAGUCAAUGUUUCAGGAACAGCAUCUUCCCCUCUGCUAUCAGAUUUCUGAACUAUAAUGAACCAUGAGCACUAUAUCACUAUGUUGUUCUCUUUAUGCAGUACUUUUUAUAUUUCUUAUUGUAACGUAUUUUUGCACUGUACUACUGAUGCACAAUGACAAAUUUCACAACAUAAUCCAAGAAAUAUAAUUUAAACACAAUCCAAGAAAUAUAAUUUACAAAGAAGGCAGAAGAAAAUAUAUUAAAAUAAUCAAAUUUCCUUUCAUUUGAAAUAGGAAUCAGCUGGAGAAAAUUAUGAUGCCAUCAGUGAUUUUGCUGUUAAUCAUUACCUUAUUAACUGGGACAGAAGCUUCUACAGUAAAGAAGAAACGUCAUGAGAAUUAUGAAGAAAAUAUUCAGGGACAUGGUGAAGAAUCUGCUUUGGCAGAAGUUUCAUCAGCAAAUGUUGAUUUUGCUUUCAGUCUCUAUAAGGAAAUUGCUAACCAGAGCUCCUCAAAUGUCCUCCUCUCACCUUUGGGCAUUUCCACAGCUUUAGCCAUGCUGUCUCUGGGAACCAGGUCGGCAACUCAGGAACAGCUUUUCAAGGUACUUCACUUUGAAAACAUGACACAGGAACGAAUAAUACAAAUGAGCAGAGGAUACCAGCAACUCCUACAGGCCCUGACUGCAGAAAACAGUGAGAUGCAGUUGCUUAUAGGAAACUCUCUUCAUAUUCAAAAGGGAUUUGAUGUAUUGCCAAGGUUUCUAAAUGAAACCCAGAAGUUUUACAAUGCAAAAGUUUUUACUUUAGAUUUUAAGGAUGAUCCUCAGAAUGCCAGACAACAAUUGAACGAUUACCUUAAAAAGAAGACAAAGGGGAAAAUUACAGAGAUGUUUACCACAAUUCACCCUUCAACUAAACUAUUGCUUAUUAACUACAUAUUUUUUAAAGGAAAAUGGAAGGAACCAUUUGAUACAGCGCACACUCAAGAAGCAUUUUUUAAUGUAAAUAAAACCAGAAAGGUAAAGAUUCAAAUGAUGUUCCAAGAGAGUCAGUUAAAUAAGAUGAACGACUAUGAACUUUCCAGCACUGUAAUCAAACUUCCUUAUUUCGGAAAUGCAUCCAUGAUCGCCAUCCUGCCAGCAGAAGAACAACUAGAAUAUGUAGAACAAAAUCUUUCCAGAGAAAAAUUUGAAGAGUGGCGUCAAAAAUUGUCUUACAAGAAGGAACACCAAAGGAUCUUCUUUCCAAAACUAUCACUAUCAGAGUUGUAUGAGUUGGAACACACUCUCACAGAAAUGGGUGUAAGAGAUUUAUUUACAUUCAAUGCCAAUCUGCUUGGAAUAAGUGAAAAUGAAAAUAUGAGAGUUUCAAAGGUUACUCAUAAAGCAGCGCUGGACAUUGAUGAAAAGGCCACUGAAGCAGCUGCAGUCACUGAUGUAAAAAUUGUUCCUUUGUCCCAUCAGUCUUCGAUCAAAUUCAAUAGACCAUUCCUCCUCAUCAUCUAUGAAGAGAAUACAAACAACAUCCUCUUUCUUGGAAGAAUAAAAGAUCCAUCAAAGAAAUCCUCUCCUUGAAUCUAACAUGUAUCUGGAAUAAUUCAGGCUAUUCAACUUUAGAGCUUAAAAUGAUAAAUCUAAUGUUGUAGUACAUCAUCUUGAUAAUUAUUUCAUCAUUAACUUCAUAAAUUGGUGGGAAUACACAGGAGAUCUACCAGUAGCUGUAAAAGCACAUUAAUUUGUCACAACAACAGAAGUAACUACAUUAAAGAAGAAUGAUUCUACACAUUUCCUGGCCAAAUGGAUAGGAAUGUUAAGCCAAACAGAAAGGAAAACUAAAAGUUAAGCAAAUAUUUCAAUAAGUAACAUUAGGGAGAAGUUACUCAAGCAACUCAUACAAUGAAAGCAGGAUGAAGUGAUAUGAGUUUUGAAAAAAAAACUGAGGAAUUUCAAGAUCUGAAAUACUUCCAAAAAUCCAAGAUUGAGAGAGAAAUACAUUAAAAAUUAAACUGGUCUAAUGAGCCUAUUCUGCACAACAUCUUCUGUGCAGUGAUACCCUCUGUCCAAAAAAUAAAGUCAGAAGGGUAUAACAAAGAUAGAAACUAGCAAGUUCUUUGAGGAUAAUGUGCAACAUAAAAUACAGGACAGUGGAGGACAUGGGAAGAAAGUUAUAAAUUCUUGCAUGUGCUGAAAUUGGUCCAGAAAAUGCUGUAAAUACAUAAUACACAUUAAUUUUAGACAAGGUGGUUCUUCUCUUCUAUACUUAAUUAGAGCUCCUGAUCUUAAGAGAUCAAGUCAAACUUGCUCUCCCAGAAUGCACAACCCUGCAUCAGAGUAGUGAAGAGUACUAAGGCAUCCUUCUGAAAUUAAUGUUUCGAUUAGAAAACAGCAAAAUAUCCAGGAAAACAUAUCCUGUUUAUUUGUAGAUUUCUUUAUUUUUUGUUGAUGAAUCAGCUGAAAUUAAGUAAUUAUCACCAAAAAAAUGUUAAUAUAUAUUCAGGAAAGAUCUGUUGACAGUAAUUAAUAAAAAAUAGAUUUCUGUGUCUCUAUAUCUGGUCCCUGUAGAAUUAGUUUUUUAAUGACAUUUUCUGCUUUCCUGGUAGUAGUUUAGCCUCUGAUUGACAUAUUGUAGACAUCUAUCAUAGAUAAGGUUAUGUCCAACAUUUCAUAGUUACCAGCCACUGGGACUAUUUUGUCAGUAAAUGAUAUUAGUAAACUAUUAGUAAGCUGUCAUAUAUAGUAAAUUAGUAGUCUUUAUUCAUGUUGACUUCUAAUUUUUUUGAUGAAUUCAAAAUAAUUUGAUAUCUCUGCUCUUAAAUUAUCUGUACAAAAUGAUUAAAACCUUCACAAGCUUCAAUAUGUUGCAAACCUCUUCACAGUAAGUGAAACUAUGCAGAACAUUCUUCAACUGUGCAGACCUCUGCCUCGAUUUUCAUGAAAAGAAUUUUUAACCCACUGUUGCUGAUGUGUAUUUAAUAUGUCAGUAAUAUUUGAAUAAUAUUGUAAAUAUAUUGUUUGAUUAAGCAUUC